AUGUUUUGGGGUGACCUUGCUGUUCGUGGGAGGCCAAGUUUCUUUUUCUUUACAUCACCCGUUUCCCUGAAGUUGUUUACCCCUGAAACAAUCGACUGCCGGCCAGGAACACGACCACGGGGGGCAAUAUUGAAAUGUCUACGGAAUGCACGUUGCGUUGCGACGAUUGAGCGACCCCUUGAAAAAAAAUGCCUCAACAGCGAAAGCGCGUUCCAACUUCGGAUAAAAAAUGAACCGUUUUUUUUCUCUUUCUAUUCUCUCAUUUAUUUAACACAUUAUCUAUCUAUCUAUCUAUCUAUCUAUAUCUGUUCAUAUCUAUCUAUCUAUCUAUCUAUCUAUCUAUCUAUCUCUGUUCAUAUCUAUCUAUCUAUCUAUCUAUCUAUCUAUCUAUCUAUCUAUCUAUGUCAGUCUGUUCAUAUCUAUCUAUCUAUCUAUCUAUCUAUCUAUCUAUCUAUCUAUCUAUCUAUCAACCUUGUGUUAUCAUAUCUAUCUAUCUAUCUAUCUAUCUAUCUAUCUAUCUAUCUAUCUAUCUAUUUAUCUAUCUAUCUAUCUAUGUCAGUGUCUUCAUAUGUAUUUUUAAUACAAUUUCAUGCAAGGCGUUAA